GACUUCUCUCUUUUUCGGCAAGAAACGCUCUUUUGCCUAAGUGACUUUUUAGAGACACGUGCAUUCCCUAAAAAUAAUGGAUAAACCAGUCGUUUUAGCGCGUGUUAUUAAAGUAUUGGGCCGCACUGGGUCACAGGGCCAGUGUACUCAAGUUAAAGUUGAAUUUUUGGGAGAACAAAAUCGUCAAAUUAUCAGAAAUGUAAAAGGUCCAGUAAGAGAAGGUGAUCUUUUAACCCUCCUCGAGUCUGAACGUGAAGCAAGAAGGCUUCGAUGAUUUUUGCAAAAAAAUAAGAAACUACUGUUCAAAAACAAAAAAUGGUUACCAGUAUUUUCUCUUAGAAUGGAAGAGAAUCACCAGCUGUGGAAGAAUUGUAACAAUGAUAAUUUGCUGAUGAUGCCCUUAUUUUCUACGACUAUUUAUAAAUGAAUUUAUAUACAUCCAUCAUGUUUAAAAUAUACAUCUGGUAACCAAACAAA